CAUUCAAGACCAUGCAAGUCACGACCGUGCUCUCACUAUUGGCGGCGUGGACGACCAUUUCGUCGGCACAGUCUCACAUCCGUUGCCAGAACACUAUUGGUGGCCCUUGCGGUGACAGUUCUCGCCCUCGCGAGAUGAACUGCUGCGACUAUGGCUAUUGCCAGCCGUGGAACUCAGGCUACUACCAAUGCAUCGACAAGCCCGAGCUCUGUCCGAACCAAGAGACUGACAUUGAUUACAACGGGAGCGAUCUGCAGACCAUCUACGGAAUCCAGCCGGACGCUUGCUGUGCCAAAUGCGCUGAUACCAGCGGCUGUGCCGCGUAUACUUUCGUGAACCAAAAUUCCGACGGCAGGACGGCGUGUUACCUCAAGACGUCGACAUCCGGUCGUGUCGAAAAGAAGGGAGCGGUGUCUGCCGCUUACAAGGAUUUCAACGCGAGUUGCCAAGCGAAACUCUGGCAUAGUUGUGGCAACUCGAAUGGAGUCACUUGCUGUCCGGACAAUGCGUACUGCCAGCCGUGGGACUCUAAAUACUACCAAUGUAUCGGUCGUCCGGACAAAUGCCCUGAUCAAGAGGUUGACGUCGACUUCUACGGCAACGAUCUCCAGACUAUCUACGGGUUAUACCCGACUGAUUGCUGUGAGAGAUGUACCAAAACUAGUGGCUGCGCUGCCUACACCUUCAUCAAUGAGAACGCUGAUGGUAGGACGGCGUGUUACCUCAAGUCAUCGACGGCUGGACGUAGAGCGAAGAAGGGAGCUGUCUCCGCUGCGUACAAGGACUUCACGGAGCCUACGUGUCCUGCGAAGAUCGGAGACUCGUGUGGCAACUCCAAUAGUGGCCCUACCUGCUGCCCGAGCGGAUCCUUCUGUCAGCCGUGGAACGCAGGCUACUACCAGUGUGUUGCAGCGCCGGAAUGGUGCCCAGACGUCCAGGUGGGAGUGGAUUACUACGGUGACGACCUGAGCAUGAAGAAAGGUUUGCAGCCUGAUUUGUGCUGUCAGGCGUGUCUGGACGACGCGAAGUGCAAGGCCCUCACUUUUGUGAGCAAGAACGACGAUGGUCAGAGCGCGUGCUACCUCAAAACUGGCUUUGGCACCCAUCUCCCAGAGAAACUGAGAUUGAGCGACUUCAGCAAUGGUCCGCGUGAGCAAGGAGAUUAG